UACCCAACCCCAGCCCCUCCCCCCCAUUACUCACACACAGACAUAUAUAUAUAUAUAUAUAUAUAAAGAAGCCCUGCAGGCAGGUAGGCAGGCUGUUUUCUUCCAAUUCCAAGAACCCAAAAUGGGUAUGCAGCAGAAAUCAGCAGGACUUGAACUCGAUUUCUUCCGCAAGGAGAAGCCUCCCAUUUUUGAUCGCAGAAGAAGCUUUCGUGAUAUACAGGGUGUUAUAUCGAAGAUGGAUCCUGAGUUGGUGAAGAGUGUGAUCGGUGGUGGGAAGAAGUCGUCAGUUUCUGUUCCUUCGACUCCCAAGCAAACUGAUCAGACGCCUGCAAUUUGUGAUCCUACGCUUAGGCUGAGCUGUGGGUAUGAGAAAAAUAGUGAUGAGACUGCUCCCAUGACCAUUUUCUACAAUGGAAUGGUUGCUGUUUUCGACGUGCCUCCACAUAAGGCACAGGACAUUCUGAGAGUGGCUGAGGAGGAAAUGGUCCCAAAGCUGCCUGACCACUCGGCUUCCAAUUCAUAUGACCAAGAAAAUCUCUUGGAAUCUUUUAAUGGAGAUUUACCCAUAACAAGGAGGAAGUCUUUGCAGAGGUUCUUGGAGAAGCGAAAGGAAAGUCGUGGAAGAGACGUCAGCUGAGUUCAGCAUAAUAUGCUGACUACGGCGUGCCCUCACUCACUCCUCACCUACAAAUUUAGCGCAAGAAAGCGCGUUUUAGACGUCAAUCUCUGCAUAAUUGUUUUCUUUGUUUAUACAGAAGUUUCCCAAGAUAGUAGAAUUCUUCUGUAGUUGGUAGGGCCGGCAUAAAGCACGUUUUUAGUUUUGAUUUUGGGUAAUGGUCGUCCUUCUGUCGUCGCACUUUCGGGUUAGUUUCCCGAGCUUUGCAGGCACAUUUUAGUCAUGUUGAUAUUGAGGAAUCUUUCUGAAUUUUUUAUAAUUAUUA